UUCUCCUCUUAGCUUUAAGCAAGAACCAAAACGCAAAUCCUCAAACGCGAUAAGCUAUGCUUCUGUGUUUCUGAGCUCUCUCUCUCUCUCUCACACACACACACAGUCUCUCUCUCUCACUCACUAAAACGUAUGUGUGCGUGAGAAAACCUAAGAAUUUCAGUGAUGGUUAAGUGCUUCAGCUUCACAGCUUCGAAGAACCGGUGCCUGAGGUCCACUUUCAGCGGGUCGGGGCUCCGAUCCACCGUGACCGACCUCGGCGACGGCACCGUCAUGCACUGCUGGGUGCCGAAGACCCGGAGGUCGACCCGAGCCGACCUGGUGCUCCUCCACGGGUUCGGAGCCAACUCGAUGUGGCAGUGGGGGGACACGGUCCGGAUCCUGUCCCCGCACUUCAACAUAUACGUGCCGGACCUGGUGUUCUUCGGGGAGUCCUACUCGACCCGACCCGAGCGGUCCGACGCGUUCCAGGCGCAGUGCGUGAAACGCGCGCUGGAGGCGAACUCGGUGGGCGGGAAAGUCCACGUGGCCGGGCUGAGCUACGGCGGGUUCGUGGCGUACAGCCUGGCGGCCCAGUUCAGAGACAGCGUGGAGAAAGUGGUGAUAUGCUGCGCCGGGGUGUGUUUGGAGGAUAAGGACCUGAAGGAGGGGCUGUUUCCGGUGGACAAUGUGGAGGAGGCGGCCGACAUUCUGCUGCCGCAGACGGCGGAGAAGAUGAGGGAGCUGAUGAGAUUCACCUUCGUUAAACCGCCGGCCAAGGUGUUGCCGUCUUGUUUGCUCACCGACUUCAUAGACGAAAUGUUCACAGAAUAUGUAGAGGAGAAGAAAGAGUUGCUUCGUGCAAUUGCUAAUAACAGGAAGCUGUCUGAGCUUCCAAAGAUCACUCAGCCAACUCUGAUUUUAUGGGGAGAUCAGGACAAGAUAUUUCCAAUACAACUUGCUCACAGAUUGAAAAGGUUCCUUUCUGGAUCUGGGCAUCUGGGAGAAAAUGCACAACUAGUGGUGAUCAAGAACUCAGGCCAUGCCUUCAUCUAUGAGAAAUCUAAGGAGUUUCACAAGCACUUGAAAGCCUUCCUCUUGGAGACUACCAACAAUAACAUCACCACUGCCUAGACUACAUUACAUAACAUAUUCACCUCGAUCUGCUCUUGGAUUCAUUUAGGGUGUGUUUGAUUCAUGGAUUUUCACAUUAGCAACGAGAAUCAAAAUCAUAGUUAGUGAUUAGUUGAUAAUUUUUUAAAACACAACUAUGAGAUUUGAUUAUCCAUUCAAUUAAAACCUCGUUCCUUAAAAAUGUAUCAAUCUAUCUUAUUGAUAAUCUAAUUUUUAAAUAUGUAUCAAUU